AUGAUGCUGAUCAGCAUUGGCUGUUUCGGCCUCGGAUUCAUUCUCGACAGGAAAAGUCUCAGCCAGCGCCGUCGUGCUCAGGCCGGUCUCUACACAGUCGUAAUCCUGAAUGUCGGCGUCUACGUCUGGUCCAUUAUUAUGCAGAGCAAGUUCAAGCACCAUGAUCCUGGCGCCAUCGACUGGGACAGUGGACGAUGUUGGACGUUAAUGGAAAUGUUAGAAAACGUUCGCAAUGGCGCUACAUUUAGAUGCAUCGAAGCUAUUGGUCAGGCUAUUGCCUACGGUAUGAAUACCCAGAUAACAAAUGAUCCUUUGGUUGGAGUCCAUGUCAUUCUUACUGUGACAGUGGGUGUCCUCGUCAAAACGAGGCUGGCCAAGAUGGGACCAGACAAGCCCAGUCUUGAAAUAACGGCUACCAAGAACAGCACCCAGAGCCUUGACCUGCGCCAUCAAUCUCUCGACGGACCCGGCGAAACCCCAGGAGCUCACCUAUCACCCUUCACACCUCGUGGUAGGAGAUCAAACCGCACCAGAGAUGAUGCGCAUUCUCAACAGUCCACUCGACAGCGCAAUUCCGACAAUGAAUCAUCCCAAUUUGCGUCACCUCCAUCUCAGGCACCUCGAACUCCAGCAAUAAGGUCACUUCGACAAACAACCCCAAGCUGGCAGCUCUCAAAUCCCAUUUCAAUACCACAACCACGCCCGACUGACGGAAUUUGUUCCUCUCAACCUCCAGCGUUCCCCUCCUUCUCCGGAAGCUCUUGGGAAGAUUUUGUCUCAGAUGAGACAGUCGCCAAUUACCGAGCCAUCGGAGCUCAAUAUCAAGCAUGGAUAGCAGGACCAACUACAACACCAUGUCCAAUCCGACAAUCAAAAGUCACCUGGACAGACCUGGUCCACCACCCGCUCGAAGAAUUUAGCUUUGAGGUGCAUCUCGACGACUUCAGAUCAACACCCGAGGAGGUGGGCAACAUCGCAUCAACCGGGCUCUCGACAGAAAAUACUUGGCGUUAUAUUUUUCUGAGACAAUACGGAUACUGGGAUGGUGGUCGCCAAGAGGGCUACACGGUGUACCAGCACCGUACCGGUCUCGGCGCGAUCUUUGUUGAGAACAUUACCAGACGAUUCGGGCCUUACUGGGCUCAAGUAGCGCAAGCGCAGUACCAACUCGACAACCACAUCGAUACUCUCCGUUAUGUUUACUUCACCAACGUUCAGAACCUGCACACCUGGCCCUACGUGGAAUGUCAUCUAUACCCCCGUCAUGACUUGCACUGGUUUGAUGACCACGAGCCCCAGUGCUGGGCGUAUGGUACUAGGGAGUAUCAGGAGCUCCUGGGCACGAAGCUGGGACGGGGGGUGGCUCGUCUGGUUCUGGGGGCUUGGCCGCGAGGUACGCAUCGUAUCGACACCAUUUCUACGUGGACCUUUGUCGGAAACUUACAGAUGAGGUUUGACAUAAAGCAAAUUUGA